AAAGGACUGUAUCUUUAGCUAAGUGAUGGUCCCCAGAGCCUGAGAACAUAAUUCAAAUCAUUGUUCUACUGUGAGAAGCUCUCAAGGCCAGUAGAAAAGUACUGUUUCCGCUAUCAAGUUACGUAACAGAUUGUAUUCGUUUGAUUAUAUAAAUUAAAGUAUAGACAUAGACAUAGACAUUUGAACAUAUCGUUCGGUGUAACUUGAAAGUCCACCAAAAUUUGGGUAUUUAGAGAAAAACAGCUAUGAAAUUAUUCGUCACUGGAAUUAGUACAGACGUAGGGAAGACAAUCGUAUCUUCAAUUCUUGUAGAAGCCUUACAAGCCGAUUAUUGGAAACCCAUUCAAUCGGGUGACCUAGACAAUUCAGAUUCCCAUAAGGUACAAAGGUUGAUUAGCAACACCAAGACCCAUAUUCAUCCAAAUACUUACGCCUUGAACACACCCGUUAGCCCUCAUGUUGCUGCAAAGAUUGACCACAUUACAAUUGAUGUGAAUCAGAUUGUUCCUCCCAAAACCGAAAAUCCUCACAUGGUUAUUGAGGGUGCCGGAGGAGUUUUUGUUCCAUUGAACGAUACAGAUAUGAUUACUGAUUUAAUCCAACCAGAUUAUAAAGUUGUUAUCGUAUCAAGGAAUUAUUUGGGAAGUAUUAAUCACACAUUGUUAACCAUCGAUGCUCUCCGGAACAGAAACAUCUCAAUUGCCGGGAUCAUAUUUAGUGGAACAAAAAACUCAGAAACGGAAGACUGGAUCUUACAAUAUUCUAAGCUUUGUUGUAUCGGACGGGUUAACGAGGAGAGCACCUUUGAUAAAUCUUUGAUCUCCAGAUAUGCCAAUAUGUUUCGUCCCAACAUUAUGAACCUAUGAGAAGGCAUUACGAGUAUCUGGAAUACCAUAUAUAUAGUACUUUUUAUAGAUGAUGAGAAAGAAUUGAAAAAUUAGAAACAUAUAAAGAGUAAUU